AUGUCGCCGAUUCCGACGGGUGGCGGCGGAAUUUCGCCGCCAGUCAUAAUCGGCUCCGCACCUCCGCCCCUACAUCAUCUACAUUAUUUUGGAGCGGCUUCUUCGGGUGGCGGAAGACUUCGAGAUCGAUCGCCGAGAUUGUCGGUCGGAACUAUUGGGGUGAGUUUUGAGGGGGGAACCGCGACGCACACGCGUCGCAGGGUGAUAGUAGAACAAUCCGCGUGGAAAAUAAUGAAUGUUCAACAAUUAUAUGCCUCAAGUUUUACUUUAUGAAAAUUUUGAAACAGUGAAUUUUUUGGAAUGAAAAUUCUGAAACAGUGAAAAAUAAAAUUUCAAAAUAAAACAGUUCGCAUCCAUGUGGUUUUAGUUCAACCGCGACGCACACGCGUCGCUGGUGAGGGAAUUGUCUCCGAAUUCAAAUUUUCUAGAAACAUUUUUGCUGGAAAUAAUCCGUGUCGAGAAUUUAUUAAAAAAUUUUUUCUCAAGUUUCAUUUUUUGAAAAUAUUGAAACUGUGAAUUUUUUUCAAAUGAAAAUUCUGGAUUUUUGAUGGGAAAAAUCUGAAACAGCAAAUUUUCAAAAUUAAAAAAAGGUUAAAAAUCCACGUGGAAUUUGAAUUUUUCGUGCCAAUUUCAAUUUGAAAACAAUAUUUCAAUAUAAAAUUACUUUUUAAAAAUUCAAAACACAGUGAAAAAUUGUUUUUCCGUUUUUUUUCUGGGAAAAAAUCCUCGUGGAAAAUAAUUUAAAAUUCAUUUAUCACUGGAGUUUGAAAAACUAUUUGAAAAAUUGUUGAAUUUUUCUUGAAACAGUGAAAAAUUGUUUUUCCGUUUUUUUUUCCUGUUGGAAAAAAUCCACGUGGAAUAUAAUUAAAAUUUUACUUAUCACUUUAAUGUGAUCAAAAACUAUUUUUUUAAAGUUUUCAUUUAUGAAAAUUUUGAAACAGUGAAUUUUUCAAAUGAAAAUUCUGGAUUUUUUGAUGAAAAAAUUCUGAAACAUUAAAUUUUCAAAAAAAAUUCGAAAUCCACGUGGCACAAAAACUUCCCAAUUAAUUUGGUGCACGAUUUUUCUGGCACCACAAAAAAUCCAAUUUCCCUAAAAGUGCAUUUUUUUUCUGAAAAACCUCCCCAAUCUUAUCGAAAUUUUCCAUCUAUUUUCUCAAAGAUUUAUACAUUUUCUUGAAUUUUUUCUCAUUUUUUUGCUCUUUUUGAGAGUUGAACUUAAAUGUAUAAUAGUUCCCAGUGGUAAAAUUUGUGAGCUCAAAAAUCGUUUUCUGAAAUUGAUACUUGUUUUGUUUUGAUCUUCAAAAAAACUUUUUCUCACACUUGAAAACUGAUUAUAUUACGUUACUUUUCCAGUUGUUUUUCUCACUGAUUUUUCUUUUUUUUUUUGAAAAAUAAAACUGAAAAGUUUUCCCGCCUCGGAAAAUCAUUGAAAAAUCAAUUUAUACAUUAUGUAAAUACGUUUUGCAUAUUACAUUUUUCAUAAUAUCAAUAUGUUUUUUUCCAAACCGCCCGUGUUUUUUCCCAUGAGAAAAAGAAUUAGGUUCAUUUUUUUCCAGUAAAAAAAGAAAAAAACAAAACGCCCCCACCAGGCAUCGAACCUCCCACCUCUAGCCUUGAAGUGUGUGCCGCAACCAGCUGAGCUACGCGCGCAUCUUUUUCAGCAGGUUUAAAUGUUAGAGAAAAUAAAUUAGGGAAAAAUGUGCGCUUGACUGACUUUGCGAAACAAAAGAAAACGAAAAUUACUUUUUUACGAGUUUUCCUCUUUUUUCCAGCAAUGCAAUAAAUAGUUAUUCCUCAUAUUUUUCCAGUCUGAAAUGCGUCGUCAUCGUGUCGAUUCGUUCUCCGGCUCCACAAUUCCACCCACUUCGCCAAACAUGCUUCACAAAGGAUCGCCCUUUAAUCAAGGUUAGUUUCGGUGAAAAACACGAAAAUUUGCUGCUGCGCCCAUUCAUCCUUUUAUGUCAAAAGAGCAUACACACACUAAAUCAGAUUUUUUUUUGGCUGGCUCUCCCAAUUUUCUCUCGAUAUAUUUUUUUUCGCUAUUUCUCCCCCAAUUUUCCUAGACGCUUUAUAUGUCGAAUUAAUUUUGUCACACACGAAAAACAUCGUAAAAUACAUAUAAUAUUUGUAUUUUCCUUCGUUUGCCCAAAAAUUGGGGAAAAAACAAAAAAAAAUUAAUAAUUUUCGAAAAAAAAACCAUGCGCGCGCUACGAGACCCAAGCAAACAAUUGUGUGCGCCUUGAAAAUACCGUAAUCUUUUUUUUUUCAAAAAAAAAUUAUUUUUUCACCGGUUUUUUGUCUUUAAAAGUGCGAAAAGACUGACAUCAUGAAGAAAAAGAAGAAGAUGAUAAUUAGCAUAAAUGAAUAGAAUUCCACCCACUUUUCAAACAUUUUUCAAAAAGAAACUAUGUACAUUUUUAACACAAAAUGUUCAAAUAACCAACCUGUCAACAAUUGAAAAUACAGUAAUCCGAUUAAUCUUGACCUUAAUUCACCCUCGAUUUCCUUUUCAUUUUUUAGCGCAUUUUUAUUCGUUCUAUCACUUUUAUUGUUGUCAAAAUUGAAUAAUUUAUUUUUUCCUAUUUUUCGUCGAUUUUUAAUCUUUCGCUCCCUGGGGAAAUUGACAAAAAGUUGCAAUUUUUUUCGAAAAAAAAAAAAUAAACAUUUGCUCAUUUUUUUUUGGAAAUGGGAAGAAAAAACAAUUUUUGCGUGAAAUUAUUAUUUUUUCAUUGAAAAAAAAAACUUUUUCAUGUUCCUUUAAGGUACUGUACAUGAUUAUUCUCUGUAUUAAAACCCAUCCGAAACAUUAUAUGUUCCUUUAAAUUACUGUACUUUCUUUUUGAGGCCCAAAACCCCCCAAAAACCCCGAAAAAUCGCGCUCUUCUCGCUAAGCUCCGCCCCUUUCGCACACAACUGAUAGCGCGCCACACAACCCGUCAACUGUCGGUCGCCGCGUUUAUACACCUCCCCGCAAUUUCUCUCUUCUUCCUACCUUACUCGAAAUAAAACCCGUCGAUGAAGACCAAUAAAUGACGAAUCCUAGAAUCCUUGAGGAAACUGAGGCAUUUGUCUGAGCGGGAAUUUUUUGAAAUUUGAAUUUUUGGAAAAAUGAGAGGGAAAAUUUGAAUUUAUAUCGAAAAGGAAUAAAAUAACAUUUAAAAUUCAUUGAAUUUUUAUUUUUGUGCGAUGUUUUUGUUUUUUUCUAUCUAUUUUUUUUGCCAGAGUUAGCUCAUCUCACACAAAAACACAACUUUUUCUUUGCCUUCCUAGGUAAUUUCUUCUUUCUACUCUAAUAGUCGGCUAAUUGUCCCGAGCCGUUUUUUUUUCGAAAAAACCCUAACUAUAGGUAUAUUCCUUCCUUUGUUUAUUGCUUUUUUGCGGAGCUCGAAAAAAAAUAUAUAAAGAAAACUUUUUGUUUAUUGAUCUGCGCCACGAAAAUUGUAUAGACAAAAAAAUUCUCUUUUUUUUUCGCUGUGCAUUGUUCCAGAUGUGCUCAGCAAAGUUUUUUCCCCAGCUCGAAAUUAAACUUUUUCUUUUCCUGAAUUUUUUGAAGAAUUCUUGAACACACAAAAUUCAAUUUAGCAUGAAGUGUUUACGAGAUUUUUUCGGCUGCCAAAUUCAAAUUCAAAUUUUUUUGCAGGCGCCGGCCGUGGCCGCGGUGUCAUGUCUGACAGUCAUAUGCAGAAGACGUAUCAUGAGGCGAUGCGACAGCGGAGGACAAGUUUGCCGGCGAAUAGUUUGGCACUGGGGAAAUUGUCGCAGGUGAGUUGGGAUAUAGCCACGUGGAUUUUUUCCCCUAAUUUUUGAAGCUGAAAAUCCACGUGUACUAAAGACUUAUGGCUAUUAAUCAUUUGAAUUUUACAUACAUUUUAUUUCUGAAAACUUUGAAACAGUAAAUUUUUUUCCCAAAAAGAAAUUUUACACGUGGAUUUUUUGGGGCCUUAAAUUCGAGUAUGAAUUAAAAAUUAUUCAACUUGGUUUCAUUUUUGAACAUUUUGAAACAGUAAAUUUUUUUGUGUGGGAAAAAUUGUAAGACGUGGAUUUUUCGCGAUUUCAAAAUUCGAAGGCUUAUUGAAUUUCAUAUAUCUUUUUUUUAUUUCUAAAAAUUUUGAAACAGUAAACUUUUUUUUGGAAAAAAAAUUUGAAACGUGGAUUUUUUUUCGCUGAAAAUCAAAACGGACCAAAAUUUUAUAUAUUUCGGUUUUCUUUUUGAAUAUUUUAAAACAGUGAAUUUUUUUCGGGGAAAAAAAUUUUGACACGUGGAUUUUUCGCGGUCUAAAAUUCGAAUAUGAAUUGAGUUUUAUAUGUCUUAGUUUUAUUUGUAGAAAUUCUGAAACAAUAAUUUUUUUUGAAAAAAAAAUUUUACACUUGGAUUAUUGGGGCCAUGUUUUUUUGCUUUUUAAAUUUUUUUUAAAACAGUAAAUUUUAUUGUAGAUUUUUUGUGCAAAAAAUUGGCCACGUGGAUUUUUUUAAUGGAAAAUUCGGAUUCAUAUUGAAUUCUAUAUAUCUUGGUUUUUUUUCUGAAAAUUUUGAAACAGUAAAUUUUUUGUGAUUUUUUUCUGAAAAAAAUUUUACACUUGGAUCAUUGGGACCAUUUUUUUUUAUUUUUAAAUUUUUUUAAAACAGUGAAUUUUUUUGUGAAAAAAUUUUUUGACACGUGGUUUUUUUCAAACUAGAAAAUGUUCUAUGGUAAAAAUCAUAUGAUUUCAAAGAAGGAUUUGAAAAUCACGUGAGAAUUCAGGGAUCAAGUUACUAAAUCUCGAAAAAAAACAUUUGCCACGCGGGGAUUUUCUGGCGCGAAAAAACUAAAAUUCAAAUUUUCCAGAUCACCGGCUCUUCAUUAAGCGAGGCGAAAGGUUUGAUUGCCGACAUGUUGAUGAGUCGAGAGCUGCCUGGAAAUGUUGCCACGUGUUUGAGAGCCGUUGCCACGUUGUUGGAGCAAAGGGUGAGUUACAGUAGGCCUUGCAGUUUGGGGUACUGUAAUUUUGAACUGCAAGAUUUAUUGAGGUUUCUGAGCUACAGUACUGCUUGCAGUUCGGAGUACUGUAGUAUUUUUUGGUUUGAGAUUUUAUUUCAAAGGAAACCCUACAGUAUAUUUUGGUUAAGCACUACAGUAUCCCUUGCAGUUCGGAUUACUGUAAUUUAGAAUUUUAGCUCUAUGAAAAUGAGUUUCCAAAAAAUAUUGUAUUUAUUCUUGAGCUACAGUACCCCUUGCAGUUCGGAGUACUGUACUUUUGCUUUGAAUAUGGCAAACACUACAGUACUCUUUGCAGUUUGGAGUUAUUGACAAUUCAGCUACAGUAGUCCCUACAUUAAUUCUCCCCCAGUAGAUCACAAUAUGCUCGGGUUACUGUAGAAUUUUGUAUUGGAUGUCUGAACUACAGUAAUACAUGCAGUCUGGGGUACUGUAUUUUUAUCAGACGUAGUUCCAUAGGAUUAACUACAGUACACCUUGCAGUUCGGAUGACUCAUAAAUAUUAGCUACAGUAAUCUCUAUUUGGUAUUGUAGAAUUAUGUAGAUCAAAAAUAGGUUCUCAAGAAAAUUCAAAAAUUAUCUACAGUAACCCGGGUUACUGUAGAGCAUUUCUGGUCCCAAAAAAUCUGUAAUUUUCAGCCGAAUCACAUGAAUGGUCUCAAUGAUUUUGGUUUACCGUGCGUCGUCGAAAAUCCAUAUAGUGGAGAACAACUUCAUGUUGGGGUUAGUUUUUUUUUUGAAUUUUGAAUUUUGAAAUUAGAAUUUGCCGCCAAAAAAAGGGUCCGAAAAAGGGUAAAAAAAAGAUCAAAAGUUCAAAAAUUUGUACAAUUUUUUGUUGGUUUUUUUUCUCUUCGGGGAAAAUGGAACAUCUGUCAACGAUUUUAUACAUUUUCUCGAACAUUUUUUUCGCUCUCGCGAUUUUUUGUGACGAAAAUCUGCCUAAGUACUUCCGAUUUGUGCUAAUUCGAUUUUUUUUCUCAAAAAAAAGGGAUUUUUUUUCGAGAUUUUGUGAGGAAAAAUGUGAUAUUUUUUGAUUUUUUGAAUUUUCCGCUAAAAAAAUGCUACGUGGCAAGUUUUUAGCGACUAGGCGCUGCUAUUUGACGUUGAAGUUCUCAAGUCGCGGGUCCUUGUCAGAGUGAACCUCUAGGAGGGAGUGCUAGACUUUUAGGUUCUCAAGGGGCGGCUGCUUGAAAACUAGAACCUCUAGUCGAGGCUACUUGUCAUAGUGAAUCUCUAGGAGCGAGUGCUAGACUUUUAGGUUCUCAAGGGGCGACUGCGAGAGAUCUUGGCUCUCUAGGCUCGACUGCUUGACAUAGACACUCUCAAGGAGUGGCUCCUUGUCAUAGUGAACCUCCAGGAGCGGGUCCCAUGCAGAUGGGUUUUCUAGGCGCGGCUGCUUGAGAAGUAGACUCUCUAGGCUUGGCUGCUUGGCAUAGUGAACCUCUAAGAGCAAGGCCUAGACGUUUAGCUUCUGUAGGCUCGGCUACCUGACAAAAUUGUUCUCUAGACUCUGAUACUAGCCAAUCACACUUCCUAGGCUCGGCUCCUUGUCAAAGUUUAUCUCUAGGCGCUACUCCUAGACGUUUAGCUUCUCUAGCGGCGGCUACUUGAGAACUAGGCUCUCUAGGCUUGGCUCCUUGGUUUCAACUAUUUCCUCCCAAUUUCUCUCCACGUUUUUUCUUCGAAACUUUUUUUUGCCAAAGAAAAAUUCAAUUUCAAACCCAAAUGGUCUCAUUUUCUCCAUUUUUUCGAAAUUCGUUUAUUUUUUUCCAGUUUUCCAGUUUUUUCUCUGAAAUUUUGUUUCUGUCUGAAACUAUUAUCUAGGAAAAACCAUACAAAAUCCAAUUUGCGCGCACUUUUUCAUUUCUGCAAAAAAAUAUGAGAUUAUCUCAUUUAAUGCCAUUUUUGCUUGCUCAUUGAUUUUCUGAAAGUGCACAACACAUUUUCAGAAUUUUCAGACAAAUUUGUUUUUUGUCUGAAAUUUUUUCGUGCAAGAAAAAAAAUAGAUGUGAAAAUAUGAAAUGUGUAUUUUAUUACAAAACAAAUAUUAUUUUUUUUUGAAGAAUUUUGUAGAAAAAAUAUUUUUGGAAUUUUUUUGACACGUAGAUCAAAAUUUUUGGAUUACUGUAGAAGUGUUUAAAAAUUUCUGAAUUUCAAAAUUGGAAUAUUUCGCGCCAAGACCAAUUUUGACGUCAUUUUUCUGCAUUUUUUCAAUUUUUUUUUUUUGAAAAAAUCAGGAUGUGCGCAAUUAAAAAGUUCUUCUUUUUUCUCUUUUUGCUCCUCGUAGACUACCGUACACCCACGUAUUUCUUUUGAAAAAGAAAAAAAAUGUUUUUCAAUUUUUUACUAUUGAAAAAUAAUGAAUACACUCGUGAUUAAUCCUGAAGGGGAAAAAAGUGCGCGAAUUUUUUUUUUCAAAAAAAAAUUAUUUUUCUCUGAUUUUUUUUCAAAAAAAAGAGUUUUUUUCACACGAGAAUUGCAAUUCUCCAACAAUUUUUAAUCUUUUUAUUUUCGCGCCAAAAAAAAAGGAAAAAAGUUGCGAAGUUUUUUUUUGUCUCCGGAAAAAAUUGGCUUCAUUUAAUUUUUUUGGCGAGCCGCGAACUCAUUAAAAAUUGUUUUUCUCCACUUUUAUUUUUUGAGAAGCUGAAGAAUUAAUUUUUGAUUUUUGAGAAAAAAAUGCGCGAAAAAUCCACGUGGCAAAAUUUAAUUUGAAAAAAAAAUUGAAUUUUGAAUUUCAAAUUUUGUGCGAAAAAUUCCACGUGUCAAAAAAAUUUAGAAAAAAAAAAUCCACGUGGCAAAAAAUUCCCACGUCAUCUUUUUCCUGAAUUUUGAAUUUCAAAAAUUUUUGAAUAAUUCUGAAAGUUAAAUUUUUUUCAGAAACCAAAAUGCCACGUUUCAAAAAAAUUUUAAAAAAGUUCCACGUGUCAAAUAUUUCUUACUGUAAAUUGAGCCACGUGGCACAAAUUUUACUUUCAGAAUUAUUUUCGGAAAUUUCUAAAACUCAAAAUUCAAAAUUUUUCCAAAUUAAAUUUUGCCACGUGGCACAAAAUUCCCACGUCAUCUUUUUUUUUCUGAAUUUUUUGAACUCUGAAAAAAAAUCCAGGUGAAUUUUUCUCUCGAAAACUAUCGACUUUUCGCGGCUGCACUUUAAUUUUCCAGAUUUUCUGUCUGAAAACUUUUUCAGCCAAAUUUUUUCUUGUUGUUUAUUCUUGCUGAACACUUAUAUUUUAUGCGAGGAGCAAUUUGAUUUGCUCCUCUCAAACACGACGAAAACACACUUUUUUUCUGAUUUUUUAUUCUCCUCCGCCUCCUUUUUCUAGAUAAUAUUCGCAUUUUCCCUAAUCUGUUGCUGAAAUUCACUAAUUUUUUCCGGAAGUUCUUCUAACUUUCUCUGAUCAAAAGAUGCCACCUCCACCAACGCCAACUCCAAAUUCUUCCACCACAAAUUCAACAAUCCCACGAAGCGCUUCUGAUCUUCAACAUCGAACAUCAGUGAGUUCGAGAGCUAGUUUGGUGCAUCGCGGGUCGAGUUCGCGCAACUCGACGUCUUCUGUAAGAGAGAUGCAUAUUGUUGGACAAUGUGCGAAUUGUGAUUUGGAUUUUCGGUGUACUUGUUGUUGGAAAUGCUCGCAUUUGUCUUUGGCCUAUUUGCCGGUGAGUUUCUUGAUUUUUUUUUUCGUGAUCUAGAGAGGAUUUGGAGCAUUUUGAUACCCAUAUUGCUCAGGUUAAUCACUUUUUUGGGUGUUUUUCGUAAAGGAGCAUUCUCUCUCUAAGCAUUAUUGCUCAUAUUAGAUCAGGUCAGCUUUUCUUAAAGGCGCAUAGUCUCCCAAGGCUUUGGGUCUCGCAAUGAUAUUUUUGGAAAUUGAAUUUAGAGCAUUUCGAUACCUAUAUUGCUCAGGUUAAUAUUUUCUGGGUUUUUUCUUAAAGGCACAUGCUAUCCCCAGGAUUUAGGUCUCAUCACGAUCUUCUUUGAAAUUAAUUUUGGAGCAUUUUGAUACCCAUAUUGCUCAGGUUAAUCUUGAUCUUCAGAAACUCAGUCUUCAAAAUUUUCUUAAAGGAACAUACUCCCCCCAGUCUUUGGGUCCCGCCACAAUCUUUUUUGAAAUUAAAUUUGGAGCAUUUUGAUAUCUAUAUUGCUCAGGUUAAUCACUUUUUUUGGGAUUUUAAAAGAACAUAGUUUCCCCAGGCUUUGGGUCCUGGCACGAUCUUCUUUGAAAUUAAAAUUAGAGCAUUUUGAUACCCAUAUUGCUCAGGUUAAUAUUUUUUUUGGGAUUUUAAAGGAACAUACUCUCCCUAGGCUUUGGGUCCCGCCACGAUCUCCCUUUAAAACUUCACAACCUCCCACUUUUCAUACACCCUCUUGUAUAGAAUUUCAAGCCGAACACGAUAAGCUAGGUUUGAUAGAUCAAAAUCCGAAACCAAAUCCUUCAAAUUCGAAAAAAAACAAUUAUACUUGACGUCUUUCCGGGAUUAACUAACAAUUGUUUUUUAUCUUUUCAAAUGUCUUUUUUUCCAAAAAAAAAUUAUGAUGUGAUUAAUCCGUGAUCUUCUAAAACAUUUUUUUUCUUUUUUUUUCUUGCAAAAUGAAAAAAAAAAUAGUAGAUCAGAGUAAAACUCAAUUUCAACAAGCAUUCAAAAAGUUCCGCUUCUUUUUCUUCAUUUUUUUUGGAAAAAUGUGCUCGGUGAGCACAUUUUCCUAGGAUUACUGUACAUUUUUCGUCCGAUUAAUGUGAUGUUUUUUAUGAGCCAUCAUCAUCAUAUUUGGGCUCAUUUUUCAUUUUUUAGACAAGAAAAAAGGUCUAAAAAAUAUUUUUUUUGUUUGUUUUUGUUAUGAAUUUUUUGAGGGGUGAAUGAUAAAAAAAAAUGACCAAGUUAUUCAUUUUUUUUUUGAAAAAAAUUGUUUUGAAAUUUUUUUUGAAUAGAAGAUUUUUCAAAACUCUGAAAUUUUGAUGAGAAAAAUCCACGUGGUACAGAAUUUUUGAAUUCUCAAAUUUUCAUUUCAAAAAAUUUUGAAAUUCAAAAAUUCUACGUGGAAUUUAAAUUUGAACCGGAAAAUUUGCUGUAGAAGAUUUUUCCGAAUUUUUUCAAUUGGAAAAAUUUCUCAAAAAUCCACGUGGCACUGAAUUUUUGAAUCCUGAAAUUUUCGUUUAAAAAAAUUUUGAAAUUUAAAAAUUCCACGUGGAAUUUUCAUUUGAACCGAAAAAUUUACUGUAGAAGAUUUUUCAGAAUAUUUUAAAUUAGGAAAAUUGCUCAAAAAUCCACGUGGCACAGAAUUUUUGAAUUCUGAAAUUUUCUGUUUUUUUUUCUAGAAUUAAUUUUUCUCCGACAAAUCCACGUGGCACAAUGUUUAAAUUCUAAAAUUUUUGUUUCAAAAAAUUUUGAAAUUUUCGUUUAAAAAAAAUUUUGAAAUUUAAAAAUUCCACGUGGAAUCAAAAAAUUAUGAUUUUCUUGAAUUCUGAACUUUUUCCCACCAAAAAUUCCGAAAUUAAAAAAUUCCACGUGUAGCAAUUCUACUCCUCGAGAACUACACACAAAUCACCAAAAAUUAAUUAGGUGCGUGCAAGUUUUGACGAAAAAAUAGACUAGAAGCUCAGCUAAUAAAAUUUCCAGCUCGCGAGCCAUUUUUUUUCAUGCUCAAAUUUCAUUUUUUUUUCUAGUUUCCCCGGGCAACAAACCCUAAUUUUUCACUCUCAAAAAAGAUAUCAAAAGUUGGCCAAAAAAUUGCGAGUUUGAGUUUUGACCUCCUCACAAAUUUUCUUUUUGUGCUCUUUUUUGCUUGCUCCAAAGCAAAAAAAAAAUUUUUUUUGCGAUUUUUUUGAGCCUAGAUAUGUUUAUUUACAUUUUUCCGUCAAACAAAAUUCUUUUUUGUUACUCCACGAAAAAAAAAUAUUUCCAUUUUUUUCUAAUUACACUAACUCAAUGCAUCUUUUGUCUGCGUAGUGCUUUUCUUUUUUUUUGUUUUGUUUGAAUGAAAAAAGUAGAGGAAAAAACAUGUUUUUUCCCGGUGUUUUUGGACUUUUUUUGAACUUUGCUUUUUUUCUUGGGAGAAAAUGGAUUUUUUUCUGGGAUUUGGCUAAUUUUUUGAGAAUUUUUAAGAAAAUAAUUUUUUUCAAAAUUCGAAUUUCAUAUAGAAUUUUUCUGAAUUGUUUAAAAAUCCACGUGGCAAAUAGUUUAAAUUUAGGAAUUUCUGUCUGAAAAUCUGAAAAUUUUGAGCCGAAAAUCCACGUGGCAAUUAAUUUUGAAAAUUUUUAUGAGCUCCGAUUCUUAGCUCGAGGUUCUGAAAUUUUCCUGCCAAGGAGCCGAGCCUUGAGAUCCUAGUUGUCAAGCAGCCGCGCCUAGAGAUUCACUCUGUCAAGGAGCCGAGCCUAGAGAGCAUAGUCCUGGAGGAGCCGCGCCUUGAGAACCCAUCUGUUAAAGGAGCCGCACCUAUAGAUUUACUCUGGAUAGCAUCCGCGCCUUGAAAGCUGCUAUGUCAAGUAUCCGCGCCUAGAAAACCUAUCUGUCAAGGACUCGCGCCUAUAAAAUCUAGUUCUCAAGCAGCCGAGCCUAUAUAAUCUAGUUUUCAAGCAGCCGAGCCUAUAGAAUCUAGUUCCCAAGCAGCCGCGCCUAUAGAAUCUAGUUUUCAAGGACUUGCGCCUUGCGAACCCAUCUGACAAGUAACCGAGCCUUGUGAUCCACUCUGGCAAGAAUCCGAGCCUUGACUAAAUUUCAAAAACUUCCAGAUUUUCCAUUUUUUUUCCGCAAAUUUCUCUAGACCCUCUUCAGAUCCCAUUAUCUCUAACCCCAAACCUAACUCAAUUUUUUUUGCUAGCAAUAAAAAUCCUCCUUCCUUCCUCUUGUCCACUUUUUUCAAAUGUCCAUUUUUUUCGAAAAAAAAGUGUGCUCUUUUUUUCCUGCUCCAAAACAACUCAGAAAAAACACAGCUGUUUUCCAUCGAAAAAAUGUAUUAUUUUUCUAGCUUUCUAGUAUUUUUUUUCAUAUAAAAAAGAAAGUUUAGCGCAAAAAAAUGCUCAAAACUUUUCUUUUUUUGGGCUCAGAUUUCUGAAGAGCACACACAAAUUAGUGCACUUUUUCAAUUUGAUUCUUGCUUUUUUUUUCGCGCCCGAGACGACACAACAUACAAAUUAUAUACAAUUAUGCACACUUUUCGCCCCGAGUUCCGCUAACUUUUUUGUUUUUUUUUUUGGAAAAUGUUUUGAAAAUAAGACAGCUUUCUUCUCGUUUUUCAAUUAAUUUUCUCGUGGGACCAGUGGAUUUUUUAUUGUUGUUUUGACCAAACAAAAAAGUUGGGUUAGCGAAAAAGUUACGUCACUUUUUAGGAGCCCAAAUGUGACUUUUGGUGUACUUUUAGGGUUUGAAAAUUAAAAAAAAUAAAAAUAAAACGUUGUUCGUCGGGUGGGGGUCGAACCUGGGUUCUGCGAACGCGAGGCACGCGUGCUCACCACUCGGCCACAGGGCUGUUUUUCUCUGCACUCCGAAAUUUCGCAUAUAAAAUGGGUGGUAGAAAAUUAUUAGCGCAUUCUUGAGAGCGCGCGCGAAACGUUGAAAAUUCAAAUUUCCCCCAAGUCUAGACGAAAAAAUCCUCAAAUUUCACCCCCGAGCUUCGAAAAAAAACGCCAAAUUCUCCUUUUCCUCCCCCAAAAAUCGCAACAUCUCGUGUAAUUCCGUGAGAAAAUCAUCGUUUUUUGCGUGACUACAAAAAAGUUUCCCUAGGGGUCAAAUUGAUUUGUACACACACAUACACACAUAAAUGCACAGAUUUCUAUUUAUUUACUACUAGGCUCCUGAAAAAAAAACAAAAAAAAAGUUUUUUGGCCAGCUGUCUAAGCUUUUUUGUUCCUUUUUUUCCCAAAAAAAAACAAAGUCACGUGUGUUUUUUUUUCUGUUUUUGAACACUAGGAAAUCUGGGAGAGUUGGAUUUUAUUAGAUUUUUUGGCACCUCCCGGAAAAAGCUUUUUUCUUUUGUUUUUCUACUUUUUUUUGGGUUGGAGCCAGAUUUUUUGUGGAAAUUUUCUGAUUGAAAACUUGUAGAUCAAAAAAAUUUCCGAAAAUCCACGUGGCAGGAUUACUGUAGUCCUAGAUGAAAUCUGGAUUUUUGAAUAUAAAAUUUUUGUAUUUAAAAAUUAGUCAGCAUUUCAAGGCGCGGCUGCUUGACAAUUGAUUUUUCAAGGAGCAGCUACUUGACCCUCAGCAUUACUAAGCUCGGCUCCUUGCCAAUUGGAGUCUCUAGGAGCCGCUACUUGAGAGCCAGAAUUUUUAGGCCCGGCUCCUUGACGAUCAAAUUCUCUAAGCUUGGCUACUUGGCAUACACGCUCAAAAGGCUCGACUCCUUGUCGAAGUGGUUCUCAAGACACAAGUCCUUGACAACUAGGAUUCCUAGGCUUCGCUACUUGAAAUUUAUAUUCUCUAAGCUCGACUGCUUGAGAACUAGGGUCUCUAGGCGCAGCUACUUGACACCCAGCAUUUCUAGGCUCGGCUCCUUGACAAUUCAAUUCUCUAGGCACGAAUACUUGAAAAAUUCUCAUUUUUUCUCCCUCAAUUUUUCCCCGAGACAAAUUUUACUCAUAUUUUUUCGCAAUUUUUUUCUCGCUCGAUUAACAAGACUAAUAUAUUCACAUUUUCGCUCAUUUCUUCUAUUUUUGCUCAAAAAAAAAAUUUUUUUUUGUUGAUCAUCGAAGAAAAAUGAAUCAUUUUUUUGUUGUUGGCUCCCCGCGCGGCGGAGCCAACUUUUCAGGAUUAAUUAAAUCCUGAAAAUGAGCAAGAAAAGUUCAAAAACUCAUUCAUUUCUGAAUAAAAUGUGUAUGUGAGUGGGGGCUCUUUUUUUUUUUUUACUUUUCCUUUUUCUCUCCACACUUUUUUUUGAUGAUGAAUUUUUUUUGCUCCGCCGCGAGAGCCGCAGAAAUGUUAGGAGGCUCGUCGUUUUUUUUUGUGGAGCAUCAUGUCGUGCUCUCAUCAUUGAUUUUCAGAUGAGAUGGAGAUGAAUUAGAUGAUACUUUUUCCCUGAGUUUCAGAAAUUGCUUUGGGCCUUUUCGGGGUCCAAAAAGCCUGGAUUUGGGUUUUUCUAGGUUUGUCAGAAUCUGAAAAUUCCAGCCCAUUUCUAGAGUUUCAGAAAUUUUUCUGGAAUUUUCUAAUUCUAUUUUGAACUUUUUUUUGAGCUAAAAUUCUAGAAAUUUUCAGAUUUUCAGACUUUUGAUCUCUAUUUCUCAUCUUUUUCCCAAAAAAUUUUCCAAUUAUAAUUUGAAAUUGAAAAAAAUUUGCAUUUUUAUGAUACUUUUUUCCUCUUCUUCUUUCUUCUUUCUUUUUUUUUUGGAAUAAAAUUUGGAGUACUGUAGCUCCUCAUUUUUAGCGCGAAAAUAUACGUUUCAAAAAUUUUUAAAUGAAAAAUUGUGAUCUGGAUUUUUUUCAAUUCUGAAUGUGAGCCCAAAAUUUGAUCUACAAAAAAAUAUUCUGAAAGUACUGUAGCUCAUUUUGGGGCUAGAAUUCUGGAGAUUACUGUAUCUCCUCAUUUUUAGCGCGAAAACUCAAAUUUUCCAAAAUUACUGUAGCUCAUUUUUAGCGCGAAAACUAAAAAUUUCAAAAAUGUUAAAUAUACGUUUCAAAAAUUUUAUAUGAAAAAGGCCCAAAUUUUGAUUUACAAUACAGUAAUUCUGCUAAAAAUCCCCGCCAAAAAGUUGCAACAUUCCUAUGCAUUGCUCAUAUUAUUUCCAAUCGACUAAAUGUCUCAAAGAUUGGAUGUUUUUCUACUUUUCUUUUCUUUUUUUGCUGACAUCAAAUUGGCCAGGAAAAAACCACUUUUUUCCUCAAAAAUCACUAUUUUUUGGGCCGGAAAUUCAGAUUUUUUGGAUCAAAAAAUCAUGGAUUUUUGUUUGGAUUUUUGGAUUUUGAAUUGAAAUAAAUUGGGCGGCUUCAAUCAAAAAAGCUCGAUUUAUUCAUUUAUUUAUUUUCAUGUAUGUUUUCUAGCCACAGCCAAACAAAAAAAAAUUGAAAAUGGAAAUGGAAAUUGUUAUUAGGUUUGUAUUCAUUCGUCUUGUUUUUCUGCAGCGUUUUCUAGGGGAUACUGUAGGUUUUGGCGCCAGAAAUUCGGGAUUUUUUCUGAAAUACAGUGGAUUUUCUUUUUUUUAAUUCACUGUUUCAAAAAUUCAAUAUUAAAAAUGAGGAUUCUCGAAAUUUCGAUGUUGCUACCAUUUUCUUUAGCUACAGUAAUUUAAAGGAACAUAACUUUUUUUUUCUAAAAAGGAAACUUGGUUUAAUUUUUAUAAGAAAAAGGGUACUGUAUUUAAAGGCGCAAAAAUUAUUUUUUCAAAAAAAAAAAUUUACUGUUUCAAAAAUGUCAUAUCAGAAAUUAGGAUUCUCGAAAUUUUGAUUCUGCUCUGCCAAGAUACAGUAAUUUAAAGGGACAUAUAUUUUCUGAAACUGAGGAAAACUUGGGGAUUUCUGGUUACUGUAGGUUUAAAGGAUCAUUGGGUUCAGUUAUUUUCAGGGGAAAAGAGGUACUGUAUUUAAAGGCUCAACAAUUUUUUUCUCAAAAAAAAAAUUCACUGUUUCAAUAAAUUUUUAUUAAAAAUGAGGAUUUUUCAAAUUUUGAUUCUUCCUCCGUUACAGUACCUUAAAGGGACAUAGCUCUAUUUUCUGAGAGGAAGUUCGAGAUUUUUGGUUACUGUAGGUUUAAAGGAUCAUUGGGUUCAGUUAUUUUCAAGAGAAAAGAUGGUACUGUAUUUGAAGACGCAACAUGUUUUUUUUCAAAAAAAAAAAUUCACUGUUUCAAAAAUUUCAUAUCAAAAAUGAAGAUAUUUGAAAUUUUGAUUCUGCGUUUUGUCUCAAGCUACAGUAAUUUAAAGGUGCAUCUAAGUAGAAAACCCCUUAGGUUUAGGGUUACUGUAGGUUUAAAGGAUCAUAUGAAAUUAUAAAUUUUUUGUGAUGUUUAAAGGAUCUUUCUACAGUAAUAUUUUGGCGCCAAAAAUUAUGAUUUGUUGUUUUCUCUGCAAAAAUAAAAAUAAUCUAAUUCGAUUUCCGAUUAUUUUCUGUUCAAUCUGACGUGAAUAAUAUAUUUUUUCGUGUAUUUUUUCUUGUUCGUCUGAAAAAUCUUCCUCGAAUUUCUAGCCCUUGUAUAUGCUUUCACGUCGAAGUGAAUCGCAUUCGCCGGCGGCUCCGCACCGCCUGAAAUCCGCAAGCGUCGGCUCGGCCACCGAUGAUAAUUUGAUCUACACAACAUUGUUGCGUAAAAAAUUCGCAAAAUGUUUCGGAUUCUCGCAGAGUUCAAGUUCCUCGUCGAAAUCCACAAAAGCUAUUCAGACGAUGCCGAUGAGUGAAAGCGAUUUGAAUUUGGCUUGUUGUCAGGUGGUUACGGAAGUAAAAAUAUUGGAAUUUUGGGGAAAAUUGUGGCCUAAAUCUCUCAAAACCCUUUAUAACUCUCUAUUUUCCAGGCUUCCAAACCACGCGUCUCAAACAUCACAUUCUCCACAGUCACCUCAGCCACCGGUCUUCCCACGAUUGCCGCCGAACCCAACAAGGCGCGCUCAAGCAGGCAAGUUUUAUCACCAACAUUUCACCCCAGCUCUCUCGCCUGGCCGCGUGGCGCAAUGGAUAACGCGUCUGCCUACGGAGCAGAAGAUUGUAGGUUCGAAUCCUGCCGUGGUCGAGAAUUUUUUUCUUUUUUUUUGCAAUUUUAUUUUGUUUGCCUAAAAAUAUCCAAUUUCAAUUUUUUUUUCAUCGAAAAACAAACAUUCUUUUCACUUCUUCUCGCUUCUCUAGUUCUCUAGGCUUUUAUGGGUGUAAAUCACCUGUUUUUUCUUGAGAGAUUUAGAGAAAAGGGUAGAGAAAAACUUUCUAAUUAGCUUCAUUUAUUAUUUCUUUUUCUCGAGAAGAAAACGACAAAAAAUUGUAUUUUUACUCCGAAAAAAUGUAGAUGCACUUUCUGUUUUCCCCCCAAAAAAAUCCAUCCACUUUUGUGUUGUUUUUUGUCCAAAAAAUUUUUUUUUCUUUUCCGGGCCCUUUUUUCUGAACAACUCUAAGAUGACAAAAAAAACAAAAGGUUUUUGGUGUUCGAAAAAAUCUUUGACUUCUUUUUUUGGGGAAAAACGCAACAAUUUUUCUUUUUAGAACUUUUUUGGCACAAUUUUUUUUCAGAAUUUUUGUUAACGCUUGAAAAAAUAUUCAAGAAAAACUGAAAAACAACACAAAUUCAGGCUUCUAUCGAUUUUUUCUGCGAAAAAAUUACCCUUUUCUCUGAACCCUCUCGAUUUUCUGCACUAUUUCGCAGCUUUUUUGAUCUCUAAUUGUUUUUGUUGUUUGUGGAAAAAAUAGGAGGAGAAGGCACGGGGGAAAAAAUAGAAGAAGAAAAUUGGCGAAAAUUCAAUUUUCGCCACACGCUUUUUUUGUGCAUUUUUUAUUGAGAGACAAGAUGCUCUCCGUGAACGUUUUCAGAGAGGCAGAAGCUCUCUGAAAUUGUUUUUUGUCGAUUUUUCUGGAAUUUUUCAGAAGGUUUUCUAGUGUAUUUUUUCUUAGAAAAGAAUUGAAGCUGGAUCAAUAAAUUCCUGAAAACUGUUUUUCGAAAUCAAUUUUUUGAAACAGUGAUUUUUUCUGAAAUUUUUUAACCAGAUUUUCAGUUUUGUGACUAAUUUUUGAACAGGUUUCUUUUUCAAAUCAAUUUUUUGAAGCAGUGAUUUUUUUUUCUCUAAAUUUCAUAAUUUUUUCUGAAAUUAUAUGGAACAACUUGUCUGAAUCAAUUGUUGAUCAGAUUUAAUUUUCUCAAAUCUAAAUUUUUUGAAACAGUGAAUUUUCCGGAAUUUUCAAAUUUUUUUCAGAAAUUUUUUGAUAAAAUUGUCUAUUUAUUAAUUUUUGAUCAGACUUAUUUUUCAAAUCCAAAUUUCGAAACAGUGCAUUUUUCUGAAAUUUUCAAACCUGGUUUCUAAAUUUUUCAAAUUUUACCUGACAAAAAUAAAUUUAAGGAAUACUUUUUUUGAGAUGUCCGAAAAUUGAAUCAAUAAUUUUUGAAAAUGCACAUUUUAUUCAAAUCUAAUGGGGUGAGUCAUAAAAAUAAAUUGACAAAAAAAGUGCGAUUAAUUUCACGUUUUUUGUCAAUUAAUCGUAUUUUUUCAGAAAUGAAUGCGAUUAAUUGACAAAAAACGUGAAAUUAAUCGCACUUUUUUGUCAAUUUAUUUUUAUGACUCACCCCAUAAAUUUUGAAACAGUGAAUUUUUUCUGAAUUUUCAAAUUUUUUUCUGAAAUUUUACCGAACAACUUUUCUGAUUGAUCAAUUGUUGAUCAGAUUAAAUUUUUUCAAAUCUAAAUUUUGAAACAGUGAAUUUUUCUGAAACUUUUCAAACCUGGUUUCUAAAUUUUUCAAAUUUUACCUGACAGAAAAAUUUUAAGGGAUAUUUUUUUCUGAAAAAUCAGGAAAUUGAAUGAAUUAUUUUUAAAAAUGCACAUUUUUUUCAAAUUUAAAUUUUAAAAUAACUUUUUUCUGAAAUUUGUAAAUCGUUUUCAUUAAUUUUUGAUCAGUUUUUAUUUUCUCAAAUCAAAUUUUUGAAACAGUGAUUUUUUUCUGAAAUUUUUAUAUAAUUUUUUUCUAACAUUUUUUGAACCUGACUAAUUUUUCAUCAAACUUUUUUUUCAAAAUCCAAAUUUUGAAACAGUGAAUUUUUCUGAAAUUUUUCAACCAGAUUAAUGUUGUGACUAAUUUUUGAACAGGUUUCUUUUUUAAAUCAAAUUUUUGAAACAGUGAAUUUUUUCUCUUCCCAAAAACUUCUCAAAAACUCCCCCCUAGCCAUGACUAACUCUCUAAUUUCCAUGACAUUUUUCUCAUCAGAUUUUCUCGAAAAAAAUUAUGCUAAUUUACUAGCUCUGCACUUUUAGGUUUUCGAGUUCACAAAAAUUUCAGACAUUUUUUCAGCUAUAAAAAAAAUCUGGAAAAAAUAGAGCGAGAGCAAUUUUCAAGCGUAAACAACUCAGGCCCUAAUUUGAAAGGGGCUAUGAAUUAUUUAUGAGCUCUGGAUUUUUAGAGCUCUAGAAAUAUAUUUACUGAAGGGCUUUAAGGCCUUAAGGCCUUAAAUUUAGGGCCUUAAGGGCCUAAAGAUUUUUUUUAGGCUUAGGAUCUAGGCUUAGAACCCUUAUUUUUGAGCCCUUCGGAAAUUUCGUGAUUUUUUUUGCUCAUCUCACUUUUUUCCCAAUUAUUUAUAAAUAACCAAUUAUCCUCUAGGAACUUUAACAUGAGCAAUGUUUAAAAAAUCGAGCUCCGCUUCUUCCGCUUCUGCUCCAUCAACAUCUGCCGAAAUUCAGCCAUUCGGGGUGAUGGUUGUGAAUCGAUUGCAGCGAAGAGUCAACUCGCCGUUGACAGCGUUUGCCAGGCAGGGAACCCCUAAUUAAUUUUAAUUAGCACUAAUUAGCAGCCUAAUUAUCUAAUUAAUUAAUUAAUUAAUUAUUUUUUAGCUACUGGAAACCUGAGCAACACGAUUCCACGUCCACCAAUCAAACUUCGACAUCAACAUCCACGUCGACGAUAACAUCAGCGCCACCCAAUCACAAUCACAGCCACAAUCAUCACACUUCAGAGCACUUGCGGAAAGAAUCGGUGUCGCGGAAGGAAAGCGGAAGCCACGUGGAUACGGUCGUCACCACCAUCGAUGGACAAAGAUAUGAUACGAAAGAACUAGAUGGCGAUCAGGAUUUGGCUGAUGUUGAGGAUUGGGGAUUUCCGAUCUUUAAUUUUGCCAAGAAGUAUCCCAAGACUUGUUUGAGUAGGGUGAGUGAUUUCAAAUUUAUUUGAACUCAAAAUUGGAGGGCUCACAGAUGAGCUCAAGUUCCCAGGGCAACGCUAAAUUUCAAAAAAAAAUUAACUGGCCGCUGAAGCGGUAGAUAGUGCCGCUACGCGGAAGAUUGCGCGGUCUACACUUGCUCCGCUCGAGCAGCGUCAAAAAUUGACGAAAAAUAGCAAAUGCGCUCCAUUGAACACUUACCGUUUUGUUGGAAAAUUCAAAUUUUCAUUUUUUUUCUAUCGGUGAAUUUUAAUCUAAAAUAGUCCUGGAGCUUGAAAAAUGCUCAAUUUCUAGCCAAAAACCAUAAGAACAUGCGAUUUUCCACUAAAAAUUGACUAAAAAUAGCAAAUGCGCUCCAUUGAACUUUCACCGUUUUGUUGGAAAAUUCAAAAAAAAAAUUAUUCUUAUGGUGAAUUUUGGGCAAUUGCUCAUGUUAUAGACAAUUCGGAGCUGAAAUGAGCACUGACAAUUGAAUUUUUAAAGUUCAAGUGCUCAUUUCAGCUCAAAAUUGUCUAUAACAUUAGCAAUGGCUCAAAAUUCAUCGAAAAAUGAAAAUUUGAAUUUUUCAACAAAACGGUGAAAGUUCAAUGGAGCGCAUUUGCUAUUUUUAAUCAAUUUUUGACGCGAAAUCGUAAUUUUAAUGGGUUUUGGUGCUCCAGGACUCAUUUCAGCUCAAAAUAGUCUAUAAAAUGAGCAAUGGCUCGAAAUUCAUCAAAAAAUGAAAAUUUGAAUUUUCCAACAAAACGGUGAAAGUUCAAUGGAGCGCAUUUGCUAUUUUUCGUCAAUUUUUGACCCGAAAUCGUGUUUUUAAUGGGUUUUGGUGCUCCAGGGCUCAUUCCAGCUCUAAAGGGGCUAUAACAUGAGCAAUGGCUCAAAAUUCAUAAAAAAUGAAAAUUUGAAUUUUUCAACAAAACGGUGAAAGUUCAAUGGAGCGCAUUUGCUAUUUUUCGGCGGAAAUCUCAAUUUUCGCAAGUGCAAACCGCAAGCUUCCACGCGCAAGAUCUACAAAUAGUAACCCAAAAUUUUCCAGCUCACCUACACAGUCUUCCGUCAAGCCGAUCUCUUCCGCAUCUUCAAAGUCUCGCCCAUCAAAUUCUUCAACUACUUCCACGCGCUCGAAAAAGGCUACUGGGAAAUUCCCUACCACAAUCGAAUACACGCUGCCGACGUUCUACACGGCUGCUUCUACAUGUCCGUACAUCCGGUGAAGCCUCAAAUCGGACCACCACCAAGUCCCGACUCACUGCUCCCACCUCCAACAACCGCAGCAAUUCCGAUCAUGAGCUCGAUGUCCACCCUGGAGCUAAUGGCUUUGUAUACGGCGGCGGCGAUGCAUGAUUAUGAUCAUCCCGGGAGAACUAACGCCUUCCUAGUGGCUGCGGAGGAUAAGAAAGCGAUCCUGUAUAAUGAUCGGAGUGUCCUGGAGAAUCAUCACGCUGCUGAAUCGUGGAGACUUCUCUGUCACAGUGAGAAUAGCUUCAUCGAAAAUUUGGAUGCUGCAGAGACCAAGAGGUUUAGAUAUCUGGUUUUGGAGUAUAUCCUGGCUACAGAUCUUAAACAACACUUCGAGAUUAUCAUGACAUUCAAUGAAAAAACUAAUGAUAUGGAUUUGACGAAUGAAUCGGAUCGAUUGCUUUUGGCGAAGUUGAUGAUCAAAAUGGCGGAUAUCAAUAGUCCGACGAAGCCUUAUAAUUUGCAUCGCCAGUGGACUGAUCGGAUUUGUGAGGAAUUCUAUGAGCAGGGAGAUGAGGAGAUGCGACGGGGGAUGGUGAUUACGCCGUAUAUGGAUCGGAAUGAUGCGCAGGUGGCAAAGUUGCAGGAUAGUUUUAUUGCGCAUGUUGUUAGUCCGUUGGCGGUGGCGAUGAAUGAGGUGAGAAUUGGGAAACAUCAAGCCUAGUAGCCGCGCCUAGAUAAUCUGAUUGUCAAGGGUCAGCGUCUAGAUAGCCUAGUUCUCAAGCAUACGCGCCUAGAGAACCAAAUUUUCUGGGACUCGCGUCUUAUUCACUCUGGCAAGCAGCCGCGCUUAGAGAGUCUGAUUGUCAAGGGUCGGCGCCUAGUGAAUUUUAUUGUCAAGGAACAGCGCCUAGAGAGCCCAGUUCUCAAGUAACAGCGACUAGAGAACCUAAUUGUCUAGGACUCGAGGCUGGAGAUUCACUCUGACAAGUAGCCGCGCCUAGAGAGCAUAGCUGUCAAGCAGCCACGCCUAGAGAAUCUGAUUGUCAAGGGUCAGCUACUAGAGAUACUAUGUUUGAAGCAGCCGCGCCUAGAGAGCCUAGUCCUCAAGUAUCUGAGCCUAGGGAUGACGAUUUUCUAGGACUCGAGGCUGGAGAAACUACUCGUCUAGGAUCAGCGUCUUUAGAGCCCAGUUCUCAAGCAGCCACGGCUAGAGAAUUUGAUUGUCAAGGAUCAGCUACUAAAGAUAAUAUGUUUGAAGCAGCCACGCCUUGUGAACCUAUAUCUCAAGCAUCCGCGCCUAGGGAUGACGAUUAUCAAGGAUCAACUACUAGAGAGCCUAGUUCUCAAACAGCCGCGCUUAGGGAUGACGAUUGUCAAGCAUCAGCUACUAAAGAUGCUAUCUUUAAAGCAGCCACGCCUUGUGAACCUAUAUCUCAAGCAUCCGCACCUAUGGAUGACGAUUGUCUAGGAUCAGCGCCGAGAGAUCUUUAGUUCUAAAGUAGCCACGCCUUGCCAAUCUAGGUGCUCUAGGACUGCCAUCUAGAAAUCAUCUAUGUCAAGCAGCCACGCCUAGAGAGCCUAGGUUUCAAGUAGCAGCGUCUAAAGAAACUUCAAACUCAAAAAAUUCAAAAUUUGAUUUUUUUUUUCAAAUUUUAGACUCUCUAAAGCCUCUCAAAAAUCCAAAUCCAAUUUUUCAAAAAAAAAAUCCAAUUUCACAGGCCGGUCUUCUACCAAUUCUUCCGGGACUAAUCGAACCCGAAAUGAUGAUCAAUCUGAAACAUAAUCAUCAAAAAUGGCUCAACGAAAUUGAAAUCAUCAAUGCUUCAACAGCAGCAAAUUGUAAUGGUAAGGUUCUGUUUUUUUUUUUGCUUAAAAACUUACCCUAACUCCUAAAUUUCCUCCCUUAGGUGCUCUAAGCAAUGGCGUGAUCGAGGAAGAAAGUACGGCCAGUGAUAGUCCGGAUCCACGAAAAGAUUCACCAUCUUUGGAUUCGGAACUUGAUGUAAGUUGGAAUUUUUUACCUUAAUUUAAUUAAGAAUUACCUUAAACACCCUAAGCAUGCCCCUAAUUUUUCCCUAUUUUUUUCAGUGA